AUGGAUAGAGAAUGGAUGUGUGAUCCAUCCAAAAAAAGUGAAGAAUAUAUUCGAGGAGUUAAUGAAUUUCUUGAAUUUGCUUUUCAAAAUUCACAAAUCAAUGGAAAAAUAAUGUGCCCUUGUACAAAAUGUGCCAAUUGCCACUCUUAUUCUCGCGUAUGUGUUUAUGAACACUUAACAGAUCCACAUCGUGGAUUUCUUAGAGGCUAUAGACAAUGGAUAUAUCAUGGUGAAAAACCUAGAACUUCAAGUAGCGCUACUAAACAAAAUGUAGAAAUGGAGCAUGACAUGGAUGGAUUAGUUCAUGAUGUAUUUGGAAUUCAUUCUACAGAAGAGCCAAUUUGUGGUGAAGGUGAAAGAAUUCUCGAAGUUAGAGAAAACUCUAAAUUUUACGAAUUUGUAAAGGAGAAUGAGCAAAUGCUUUACCCCAACUGUAAGAAGUAUAGCAAGCUAUCAUUUAUGGUACAUUUGUAUCAUUUAAAGUGUCUUCAUGGGUGGAGUGACAAGUCAUUCUCCAUGUUGCUUGAUUUACUAAGAGAUGCUUUACCAGAAGAAAAUGUUUUGCCAAAGUCAUAUUAUGAAACUAAAAAGAUUGUUUCAGGAUUAGGUUUGGGGUAUGAGAAGAUCCAUGCUUGUCCCAAUGAUUGCAUAUUAUAUUGGGAUAAAUAUGCCAAAUAUGAAGUAUGUCCAAAGUGUAGUACGUCAAGGUGGAAAACAACAAAUGAAGACGUACAAGGUAAUGGAAUGGAGACUUCUGAGAGGCGAAAGAAGAUACCAGCAAAGAUCCUUCGGUGGUUUCCAUUGAAACCAAGGUUGCAAAGAUUGAAUGAUGGUUCUCUUGGGCAUCCAGCUGAUUCCCUUGCUUGGAAGAAUUUUGACGCUCAAUAUCCAACAUUUUCGUUAGAUCCUCGUAAUGUUCGAUUAGGAGUGGCUUCAGAUGGUUUCAAUCCUUUCAAGACUAUGAGUAUUACUCAUAGCACUUGGCCUGUCAUUCUAAUUCCUUACAAUCUUCCUCCUUGGAUGUGCAUGAAACAACCAUACUUCAUGUUAUCACUAUUAAUUCCGGGUCCAAAAGGUCCUGGAAAUAACAUUGACAUUUAUCUGCAACCUUUAGUACAAGAGUUGCAAGAGUUAUGGGAUGAUGGAAUUGAAACAUUUGAUGCCUAUAAGAAAGAGACAUUUCAACUUCGUGCAGCUAUGAUGUGGACUAUUAAUGACUUUCCAGCAUAUGCUAACUUGUCUGGAUGGAGUACUAAAGGUCAAUAUGCAUGUCCAUGUUGUGGUAUUGAAACUACCUCGCAGUGGUUACGUCAUGGUAAAAAAUUUUGCUACAUGGGUCAUCGUCGUUGGUUAUCUCCCAAACAUAAGUGGAGAUUGAAUAGUAGGGAUUUUGAUGGAACACGAGAGCUAAGGAUCCCUCCUAAAAGACUUGAUGGGACUGAUAUUUUAAGACAAAUAGAUGAAUGUAGAGAAAAAGGUCUAGCAAAUGGAGCACAACCUUGGAAAAAGAAGAGCAUUUUCUUCACAUUGCCUUAUUGGCAAUAUAAUGUAUUGCGUCAUAAUCUUGAUGUGAUGCACAUUGAAAAGAACGUAUGUGACAACAUUAUUGGUACAUUGUUAAACCAAGAGGGAAAAUCCAAAGAUAAUUAUAAGGCACGAGCUGAUCUUGUAGAUAUGGGCAUAAGAAGUAUGCUCCAUCCUCAACCAAGUCCUAAUAUAACUACAACGCGUUUGCCUAGAGCAUGCUAUCAAAUGACUAACAAAGAAAAGGAAUCUUUCCUAAGCAUUCUCAAGAAUGUAAAAACUCCAGAUGAAUGUUCAUCAAACAUCCCACGUUGUGUGCAUGUCAAGCAACACAAGAUGUUUGGAUUGAAAAGUUACGAUUGUCAUGUUUUGAUGCAAGAGCUUCUUCCAGUAGCAUUACGGGGUUCAUUGCCAGAUAAAGUCACUUCAGUGUUAGUUGAUCUUUGCAAUUUCUUCAAGCAAAUUUGUUCUAAGGUACUUAAUGUGGAAUUUCUAUCACAAUUGGAGUCUCAAAUAGUUAUCACACUUUGUCAGUUGGAAACAAUUUUUCCUCCUUCAUUUUUUACUGUUAUGAUGCAUUUGGUAAUUCAUUUGGCACACGAAGCCCAAGUUGCUGGACCGGUACAAUAUCGAUGGAUGUAUCCGAUUGAGAGGUUUCUUCUUACUCUUAAGUCCUUUGUACGUAAUAGAGCCCAUCCAGAAGGAUCAAUUGCAGAGGGAUUUUUGGCCAAUGAAUGUUUGACGUUUUGUUCGCAAUAUCUAUCUGGGGUAGAAACUAGGUUCAAUAGACCUAACAGAAAUGACGAUGAAGUCUCUGGAAGGCCAUUAGGGAUAAAGAAACAACAAAAGUUACGAUUAGGGAAGAGGAAGAAAGUGAGUAGAACUAAACUUGACAAGAAAGAGUUAGCACAGGCACAUAGAUAUGUGCUUUCUAAUUGUGAUGCAGUUGCUCCAUUUAUAGAAGAACACAUUUUACAUCUUAAGAGACAGUGUCGACCACGACGAUUGACACAAGUUGAAAUUGACAAGCAACAUGGUCAAAAAUUUAUUGAGUGGUUUAAACUCAGGAUCCAGCGUAUGGAUGAACAAAAGAGCUCAGAAGUUACUCAUGAACUUAGAUGGUUAUCCCGUGGACCAUCUGAGGUAGUAAGAAGAUACACAGGUUAUGCGAUUAAUGGUUUUAGAUUCCACACAAAGAAGAGAGAGAGAUUUUUGAAAACACAAAAUAGUGGAGUUGUUGUAAAGACAAAGACCUCAAAAGAUGAAAUUAAUUACUAUGGGGCAAUAACUGAUACACUGCUGUUGGAUUAUUCUGGAAAGUACAAGUUUGUGUUAUUUAAAUGUGAUUGAGUUGAUAUUAAUAAAGGUAUCAAGAAAGAUAAGUUUGGCAUGACGCUUGUCAAUUUCAAAUUUUUAAAACAUACUGGGAAAAAUAUUUGUGAUGACCCAUUUGUGUUUGCAUCACAAGCUAAAAAGGUGUUUUAUAUAUAUGAUGAGAGAAACAAGGAUUGGCUUGUUGUUCUCAAUGCAAAAGUUAGAGAUAUCUAUGAUAUGGGUGAUGAGGAAUCUAAUGAAA